AUGCCGAAACAGCUUCAACUUUCUGAAUACACUACAAGCAAGCUGCUCACACUAUACGGCAAUCCAAGCGACAAUGACGACUAUCAGACAUUGUAUAGCAACGUGGACGCGUGCCAACCAGAACUCAAGCUCGAAUCACAAACUAUCAAACUCGACGACAUUCAGAGGAAAAUUAUCGAUCAAAACCAAAAGUUUAUACCACAGCCACAGUUUGUAAUUUUGCCGUGCUUUCAUCUGAAUGAACAACAGAAAAGCGAUAUUAUCACAUGCGUGUAUUCACGAGAUCCAGAGGACACUGGUCUUUUAACGUUUUCAUUUACAACAAGAAGCGGCGAUGUUGGUGAUGUGCUGGUUGUUUUAAAAGCGUUUGCAACCGCUACACAAAUCACAAACUCGUUUCACAUUACAAAGUCUGAAUUGGCCGGCGCUGUUCAAACAAUCGCUAAACCAAGAGACUUUAAAAAUGGAAAAUAUACAGCAAAUUUAAAAAUAAAAUUUGACGCCGCUUCGAUGGAGGUGCAAGACAGCAGUACACCUAUCGUGUUAUUCAAAACCUACAAUACUGCGGUGCGUCCCGAAGCACACCUCAAGACCCCAAGCUCAUCAGUGUCGGUAUGAAUAAUCUUUUAAAAUUAUACGACUAUCACAGAGUUGUAUCAGCAAACAGCAAGUUAUAUGAGAAUGUUAUAAAGAGCGACAAGGAGAU